CACAUCUGUUUGCUUUGUUUUACAUUGCAUUGCAUUGUAUUGUGUUGAGUUGCUUGUACUUGUACGCAGUGACGAUCCGAUUAACACAACAUGGCCUGGCCUGGCUAGAGCAAUCUGCAGCAGCUAGUGACUUAGCCAGAUAUGUCGUAGCGAACCCGUGUAAAGACCGGGUUCGGUUCGAACCGAACGGGCAAGAUGCCAAAUCUAGACCAGUGAACCCCACUCACUGCCGUCUCCUCUGAUCUGAUCUCGCUGUCGCGCCAAGCCAAGUUCCGGCCUUUUCAUAUGCAAAUCACUUUCUUACCCAUGCCCGUGACCAGAGAGACAGAACAUAUAAUCCCACGCCCUUCUUUUGGUCUCCAACAUAUUUCUCCUCCAACAAUUCAUUCGCCGGAAGAUGCUCGACGGCUGCUUAGCUUAAAGAGCAGCCAUUCUCGGGUGAUCUGGAACUAACGAACCAACUUGAAUCCGAUGGCCCGAAUCUUUGAGUACUUCGUGGUGUGUGGAAUUGGGCCAGAAAUCCGGACCCUUGACGGGAACAGGGGUUACCAUGGCACCGGCAUCAUGUACUUGCCGUCUCUGUUAGAUCAAUACCCUCCCUCCGAUCACUCUCUCUAUCCUCCGCCUCCGCCUCAACUGCCCACCUGCGUUUUACCCGCCGGUGUCCAAUUCUAUGCCUCCGGCUUCGAUUCCAAUGAUCAUUCAUCCUUCCCUCGGAGCUAUCCCAUAGUGUUGACCGAGGGGGAUGGGUCCAAGAUUUAUGUCAGUUGCAUUGCCUUUAGAGAUCCUGUGUGUGAUGACAUUUCGGAAGCUUAUCAGAUACCUGUCAAUUCCUUUGCCGAUAAAUGCAUCUGCCUCGUGUCGCGGUCUCCUAGUUUCCGCAUUCUGCGCGACGUCUUAGAGGAAAUAUUCCUACUUUGUUUCUCAACUUCUGGAAGCAGCAAGCCACUUUGGGAUGUCAUUGCAUAUAUAGUCUCCAAUGUCCCUUUGCCUACACCUGGAAAGGACCGAGUGUUGUUUGCAAUUGAGAAUAGCCUGCUUGCUGUAGAUGUUCCACCAAGGGAUGGGCUCCCUCAUGCUGAUAUAUCUUUCCAGCCAUUGGUCCAGUGUUUAGAUGUUGAUAAUGUCAUCAAACUAUUUACGGCUGUGCUGCUUGAAAGAAGGAUAUUACUCCGCUCAGACAAAUAUUCUCUUCUAACUCUUGUUUCGGAGGCCAUAUGCCAUUUAAUAUACCCAUUUAGGUGGCAGCAUGUAUACAUCCCAUUACUAUUUUUCAGUGGAGUUGACUAUAUUGAUGCUCCAACACCAUACAUGAUGGGGCUUCAUUCAGGAGUUGACACUUACGGGCUAGUCAUGGAUGGGGUAGUUGUGGUUGAUCUUGAGCAUAAUCUCAUUACGACAUCUGAGGAUAUCCCUGUGAUACCUGAGCCUGAGUUUAGUUCUUUGCGUGGAGAGAUAAUGAAGUUGUUAUAUCCAAAUGUGGUUGGCAUAGACCAGAUGAAGGGUGGCACCUACUCUGAGCAAUUUAUUAGAGGUGGCAGCAAAGUUUGGGGAGAGGAUCACGAUCUCCAUCUCAGGUUUAUAUUCCUAAAAUUCUUUGCAUCAAUCUUAGGUGGCUAUCGCAAUUUUAUAGAAAAUACUGCAACCCAAAUAUUCAACAGCCAGGCCUUCUUGAAAAAGCGCUCUCGGUCUACAAACCAGCCACUGGAUCCUAUGAUAAGCCAAUUUCUAGAUUCCCAAGGUUUUUUAGAUUAUUUGGAGAGAGGCCUUGGUUCUGAAGAACAUGGAAGCAAUCUUCUUGAUAAAUUACAAGAUGCUAUUGGGAGGGGGCAAAAUCCUUUUUCAAUUCUUCCAUCAUUAUUGACAGAGCCAGAAAUUGCAACUAUUUCUGAUCCUGGAUUGGGAAUGUCAGGGUCAGGUGCUAAGUAUCGUUAUGAUAGGUUCCCUGCAAACAUCAGAACUGAGGAGCAAGAAGAAAAGAGGAAGCAGAUUCUAGCAGCAGCAACUGGAGCUCUUGAAUAUUCUGUAAAGCACACUGUUAGUUCUCCCUCAAUGCAUUCUGGUAAAGAUUCUAAGACUGAAAGCCUGAGUCCGAGGGAGAGAGCUGCUGAACGUGAGCGCAUGGUCCUAGACAUUAAAGUGAAGUUGCAGGGAUUGUGGCUACGGCUUUUGAAAUUGGGACCAACUGAUGAUCCUCUUUCAUCAUUUGAGUAUGGAACCAUCCUGGCUUUAAUAGAGUCUGAUGCUGAGGGAAUUGGCGGUAGUGGAUUUGUUGAAUGUAUACGAGAGCACAUCCAUUCGGGAUGGACUGGUCAAUUGACGGAAGAACAGUUUAUUGCAGUGAAAGAACUGCUGAAAACAGCCAUCAGCCUGGCAACAGCCCGGAAUGACAUGAUAACUAUCAGGGAUGCCCUUGAAGUUUCUGCUGAAAUGCACAAGAAGGAUGUAAACAAUAUUCCAGAUUAUGUUCAGAGGCAUCUUCGCUCUCUUUCCAUCUGGGAUGAACUACGCUUUUGGGAAGGAUAUUUUGAGUACCUGCUUGACCGCUUUUCUAGCAAGUCAACCAAUUAUGCUACGUUAGUGACAACACAACUAAUCAUAGUAGCAACUCAUAUGGUUGGCUUGGGACUUUCUGACCUCGAUGCAUGGUACAUGAUUGAGACAAUAGCAGGGAAAAACAAUAUUGGAUAUAAGCACAUCAUAAAGAUUAGAGGGUUCCUAUCGCAUAUCAGACAAAUUUGGAUUGGAUAUUGGGGAAUAUAUUCUGGUAAAACUCAGUCUGCAUCCUCCUUUGGAUUGCCUUCUCCGCGUCCACAACAUGCUGCUGAUAGCACUCAGCAAUCAUCCGAGGCAUCUGGCGUAGGAAGGAGCUGGGUACAGAGCAUGUUUAGCCGGGAUCGAGCGAGCUCCUUUAGUCGAGUUCGUAAAUGGACAUCUGAUGGUGGCAAUUUAGCUGCAAAUGAAAAUGGAUCCCUUCAGAAGCAAGAUCUGUCCCCAACAGGGCAGAAGAAAAUACAGACAAACAUCCGUAUGCUAAGAGGUCAUAGCGGAGCAGUCACUGCAUUGCACUGUGUGACCAAAAGAGAGGUUUGGGAUCUCGUUGGUGACCGUGAGGAUGCUGGAUUCAUUAUCAGUGGAAGCACAGAUUGUACAGUGAAGAUAUGGGAUCCUAGUCUCCGUGGUUCUGAACUGCGGGCUACUUUGAAGGGCCACACUAGAACUGUCCGGGCCAUAAGUUCUGAUAGAGGGAAGGUGGUUUCUGGCUCAGAUGAUCUGUCAGUACUUGUAUGGGAUAAACAGACAGGUCAGCUUCUGGAAGAGCUGAAGGACCAUGAUGCACAGGUCAGCAUUGUGCGGAUGCUUUCAGGUGAGCGUGUCCUUACUGCUGCACAUGAUGGAACUGUGAAGAUGUGGGAUGUGAGGACAGAUACAUGUGUUGCAACUGUUGGCCGUUGCUCUAAUCCGGUUCUCUGCAUGGAAUACGAUGAUUCCAAUGGGAUCUUGGCAGCUGGAGGCAGAGAUUCGAUUGCAAACAUUUGGGACAUUCGGGCUGGAAGACAGAUGCACAAACUUACAGGGCAUUCAAAAUGGAUCAGGUCCAUUAGAAUGGUUGGAGACAUGCUUGUAACAGGCAGUGAUGAUUGGACUGCCCGCAUUUGGUCUGUCUCUCAAGGAACAUGUGAUGCUGUUCUAGCUUGCCAUGAUGGUCCAGUGUUAUCUGUGGAGUACUCUAUAGCAGAUAAAGGAAUCAUUACAGGAUCCAAUGAUGGACUUCUUCGCUUUUGGGAAACUGAUGAAGGCGGUAUAAGAUGCGUCAAGAAUGUUACUAUCCAUAGUGCCUCGAUACUGUCUAUCAAUGCCAGUGAGCACUGGUUAGGAGUAGGAGCAGCCGAUAAUUCGAUGUCCCUCUUCCACCGACCUCAAGAGAGGCUUGGUGGACUCUCCAGUACAGGUUCAAAGAUGGCUGGGUGGCAGCUCUAUAGGACUCCGCAAAAGUCAGUCGCUAUGGUUAGAUGUGUAGCUUCUGACCUGGAAAGGAAGAGGAUCUGCAGUGGGGGACGAAAUGGGAUGCUGAGGUUGUGGGAUGCAACUAUUAACAUCUAGACUUGUUUGCCUGGAUUGCACGCUGUAUACAGUUGGAGAAGAACCAGUGAAGCGAUAUUGAAUUACGCCGGUCGGGGAUUGGAGCAGAACCAGUGGAGCGUUGGCUAGGCUAGGUAGGUAUGCACAACUGUUGUUGCUGCUUGAAUUGGAAAUGCGAUGUUUUGGUUGGUCGGGUGGUUCUUCCCAGGUAUGAAGCAGUGUCGUGAGUUUUGUUCAUCUCUCGCUUCGCUGGGCUAUGCAUUGCCUGGCUGUGUUAGUGGUGUAUUAAGCUGGCGUCCUUCAAGGCUGGUAUGGUCUUGGUCUUGGUCUUGUCUUGGUCUUGGUAUUAUGAUUCCAUCUUUUUCUCGUCUUGUCUGUGUGCACUCUCAUUCAAUUGGUUUGAUUUUUACCGAAAUCACUUUCCUUUUUUUGUUUUGUAUAAAUUUUCAUGUGAGUUAGUUUC